AUGUAUUUCUUUAAAAAUGCAUUUGAAUUAUAUGAAAAUAUUCCAGAAAGUAAAAUUCAACAAGAAUGUAUUACUAUGGCAAUUGGAGUCUUAACUACACUCAAAUUAACAAAAGAAGAUUUUAUUGUUAUUAGAGAUAUGAUUAUGAAAACAGUUAAAUAUCUAAUUAAAACACCAAUGAGAUGUGAAAUGAUGUGUAAAAUUGCUAGUUUAGAUAUUAAGAAUAAUAGUAAUGUAGAAGAUAAAGAACAUUGUAUUGACACUCUUAAUAAAGCAAGAAAAGAAAUAGAAAGAAUUAUUGAUGAAGAAGAAAAAAAGAAAGUACUAAUCAUGUUUGUCAAUUACUACAUUUAUUUCUUCCCAUUACUUGACCAAAUCACAGCUGAUCAAAUUACUCAAAUAAUUACCGAGAUAAAAGAAAAUAAAGAACAAUUGGAUGAUGCUCAAACAACUAUUUUCACUAAUAUAAUGAAUAGUAUUACUAUUUCAGCUCAAGAAAAUACUAAGUUUGCUGACAUUCAACUUUAA